AUGAAGUUCUCGAAGCCUGCCUGCCUCCUGGCAGCCUGCGUCUCAGGGGCUUCGGCCCUGCUCGCCUUUCCCGGAGCCGAGGGUUUCGGCCGGAACGCGCUCGGAGGACGGACUGGCUCGGUUUACCACGUAACAAACCUGGACGAUUCUGGCACUGGAUCCCUCCGAGAUGCUGUGUCCAAGGACAACCGCAUAGUCGUCUUUGACGUCGGCGGCGUCAUCAAGAUCUCGGACCGCAUUGCAGUCGGCAAGAACAUCUACAUAGCCGGGCAGACCGCACCCGGGCAGGGCAUUACUGUGUACGGAAACGGCAUGUCCUGGUCCAAUGCCAACGAGGGCAUCGUGCGAUACAUAAGAGUCCGCAUGGGACGUGGCGGUGACUCUGGCAAGGAUGCGGCGGGUAUCGCAGAGGGCAAGAAUAUUAUUUUUGAUCACGUCUCCGUCUCGUGGGGCCGCGAUGAGACCUUCAGCAUCAAUGGGGAUGCCCACAACAUCACCAUCCAGAACAGCAUCAUUGCUCAGGGCCUUGAGACCCACAGCUGUGGUGGCCUGAUGCAGACUGACGGUGGUAUUAGCCUUUUCCGGAACUUGUAUAUCGACAACAAGACGCGUAACCCCAAGGUCAAGGGCGUGAACGACUUCCAGAACAACGUCAUCUACAACUGGGGUGGUGGUGGUGGUUACAUUGCAAGCGGAGGUGACGGCCAGAGCUACACGAACAUCGUGAACAACUACUUCAUUUCCGGGCCCUCUACGUCCGUCACCGCCUUCACGCGUGGCAACGCAAACUUCCACGGAUUCGUGUCCAACAACUUCUACGACUCGAACCGCAAUGGAGAGCUGGACGGUUCGGCCCUCUGUGAGUCGACCACCUGCUACAGCGACAUGGACAUCGUAACCACCAAGUACGACUACUCGCCCCCUGCGAAACUGCUUACCCCAGAGGAGGCCGUCAACUUUGUCUUGAACAGCACGGGCACGACCUACCCUGCCCGGGACUCGGUCGACAAGCUCUUGAUCGAGCAGGUGCAGAGCUACGGCAAGGACGGCGCUCUUAUCUCCAACGAGGACGACGUUGGAGGUGUCGGUACCAUCCUGGGAGGCACAGCGCCCAAGGACACCGAUGGUGAUGGAAUUCCCGAUGCCUGGGAGACUGCGAACGGGUUGGACCCCAACGACGCUACCGAUGCCAUGAAGAUCAGCGAGUCUGGGUACGCCAACAUCGAGGUCUACGUGAACUCGUUGGUGCCAUCCACCCACGGCUGA